GAAUGUAUUUGUAGGUAUGGAGAUGAAGCGUCGACGACAGCACACGAGGCGUUGUUCGCCACCGGACACACCACACUAGCUGCGUUCCAAAUUUGGGAUCUAGGGCCUCGUUCAAUCGCUGGUCGUGCGGCGCGUAAGGCUGGUAUACAGUUCGUGACGGAGUUACACAAAAAGCAAUCAACAAGUACUUUGGAUGCAGUGGACGAAACAGAUCCGGCGAAACAAACAAAAUAG